AUGCCUGAGGUGGCAGCUGCGUUUAAGGGCGGUACGUCCCGCAAGGUGUUGAAACAGUCGCUAACUAAAGUCACCAAGAAUUCGCCCAAGAAGCAGGGGAAGCCUCGCAAACAGAGCUACUCCACUUACGUGUACAGGGUGCUGACCCAGGACCACCCUUCCACCAGGAUCUUGUCCAAGGCCAUGAGCGUUAUGAACUUCUUCGUUGCUGACAUUUUUGUGUACAUCACCUCUGAGGCCUCGCACCUCAUUCACUACAACAAGGGCCACAUCAUCUCUACCAGGGAGGUCCAGAGCAAUGUCCGCCUCAUGCUGCCAUGGGAACUGGCCAAACACACCACCUGCGAAGGCACCAAAGUGGUUACCAAACACACCAACUCCAUUUAG